AUGCUCAUCUCGUGCGCGGGCGCGAGCACGCUGGAGCAGGCCCUGCGCGGCCAGAGGUGGAACGAGGCCAAGGCGGUGGACGUCGCCGUGCAAUUGUGCCGCCGUGUGGACGAGAUCCACGCCAAGGGCCUCAUCCACAACGACCUGAAGGCCGACAACGUCAUGCUGGACAAGGCGCUCGGCGUCUCCGUCAUCGACUUCGGCACGGCCACGCCCGAGGGCGGCGUCGUCGGCUACCAAACCGACGGCACCUUCAGGGGCGAGUGGCUGGCGCCGGAGCUUCUGAUCGGAGGAGCCAGCACCCGCGCCUCCGACGCCUACUCUGUCGGCUUCCUGCUUCGCUAG